AUUACCUUCUGGUCUUCAGGAACUUCAGCAUACAACUGUGCUACAGGGACUUCAGUGUACCCCUCCUCACAGCUCAAAUACGUUUGGAAAUGGAUCUGGAGGAGACAUAUGAAGAAGGAGAGAAUACAGAGAGGAAAAUAACACGAGCUGCAGCUGCAAAGUUGGUGAAAAAGGCUUUUCUCGAAGCCCUCAAGUCCAAUGACUUUGAAACACUGGAAGAACUCUUGAGCCAAAAGAAAAUAGAUGUGGAUACAGUGUUUGAAGUGGAAGAUGAAAAUCUGAUUCUGGCAUCCUACAAACAAGGGUACUGGCUACCUAGCUACAAAUUAAAAAUAUCCUGGGCAACUGGACUGCAUCUAGCUGUCAUGUAUGGACAUCUGGAGAGUCUUUCGGUCCUGCUCAAUCACAAAGCCACCAUCAACUGCCGGCCCAAUGGAAAAGCUGCAAUCCAUGUUGCGUGUGAAACAGCAAAUGUUGAAUGUCUCAAGAUCCUUUGCAACCACGGAGCUAAGCUGAACUGCUUCUCAAUGAGUGGGCAGGCGCCGUUGCACUUCUGUACGACACGAACCUCCAUGCCUUGUGCCCAGCAGCUGGUUUGGAGAGGAGCAAAUGUGAACAUAAAAACAAACAACCAAGAUGAGGAGACUCCUCUACACACAGUUGCGCGUUUGGGGAUCCCAGAGCUUGUGGCCUUUUACGUGGAACAAGGAGCACAUGUUGAUGCUCUCAAUGCCUACAUGGAGACUCCCCUGGCCUGUGCAGCCUAUUGGGCCCUUCACUAUAAGGAUCAGAUAUACAGCCCAGAUCACCACCUCAUCUGUCGGAUGCUCUUAGACUAUAAAGCUGAAGUGAACGCUCGUGAUGAGGAUUUCAAAUCACCGCUCCACAAAGCUGCCUGGAACUGUGAUCAUGUCCUGCUGCAUAUGCUGCUGGAGGCAGGAGCAGAAGCAAACGUCAUGGAUGUGAAUGGCUGUGCACCCCUACAGUAUAUCAUAAAAGUGACAUCUGUGCGGCCAGCUGCCCAGCCUGACAUCUGCUACCAGCUGCUACUGAAUCAUGGAGCAGCUAGGAUAUAUCCGCUGCAAUUCCACAAGGUGCUACAAGCCUGUCAUUCCCACCCCAGAGCUGUGGAGGUUGUUGUCAAUAGCUACGAACACAUCAAAUCAACAUCGAAGUGGAAAGCAGCCAUACCUGAUGAUGUCUUUGAGCGGCACCAGGAUUUCUAUGACUCUUUGUUUGCUGUGUGCAGCAAUUCACCACGGUCACUCAUGCAUUUAUGCAGAUGUGCCAUUCGGGCAAUAUUGUCAGACAGGUGCCACCGAGGAGUCCCAUUGCUCUCCAUCCCACCAUCCAUGAAGAAGUACUUGCUGCUGGAACCGGAAGGGAUCAUCUACUGAGCUGCAGCAGCGCUGGCAGUGCCGUCUCCCUUCCCGAAUCACACGCCUCUGCGGGGUGCUGGAGAUCCAGGCACAACCCUAAGGCAGCCCUUCACUUUUGUACAGUCACAUGCCAGCCUGAAGUCGAACUGGGAUUUCCCAGCUCUCCUUGGAGCUGUUGUCUUUUCCUGAACAGAGAGAUCACAGCUGCAGGCUGUGGGUGGCACUGAGGGAGGCAGAGCUGGAAAGGUUCUGCCCCCCAAACAAAUGCAGGGGUGCAUACUUCCAUGUUUUGUUCAGCCUAGCUUAAACAAUGCUUCUGCUGCCUUUGGAUUUUACUCUGCUGCCUGCUAGAUAACACUAGAUUCAAUUUGAACAAACUUUGCUACUGUUUCACUGUAAUUUUCUUCAGCUGUUAUUUUGGGAGUAAAAGAAAGGAUACUGUCAAAAAACAGGAUGUUCAUUAGAGUCAGAGAAAUUCUUUCCCAGAAAGAAAUGGGCAAACUGCUUUGAAUCAUGAGCACAGACAGGAUUUCAGUAGUUUUUAUAUUUUCCCGUGGGUUGACUCUCAAUUCAAUGUUAGUUCACUAUUCACUACACCUGCCUGUAUCUUAUAAAGCUUUGUCAUAAUAAUAUCCCUUUUAAUUGUAAGGUUUUUUUUCAUUAUCAACCAUAGUCUGUGAACAGGAUUGAAGUCUGUAGCACUGAAAUUUCUGUAUGUCGAUAUUCAUGCCGGGGUAGCUUUUAGCAGAUGCUGUCUCUGUUUGCACUCUCAUUGUGACCAAAGGUAAAUUCAUAUUCUGGUGUCAAGAAGUGCAGGUAAAAUGGACUUGCCCCUGCAACCUGCACAACUGGGCUCAUACCCAUCCAUAUAUCCCUCCAGAUGGUGUUGGGCAGGAUCUGGAAGGAAUAUAACUGGUCUCUUCAUUGCCUAUAAAAGGAACCUAGCCUGCUAACAUGCAUUAUACACCUUGUUUUUGACAGCUGAGCGCAAGUGAGAGGAAUCUCACCCUAACUAAAAGGUGUUUCCAAGACGAAGAUUUGUUCGCUGUGCUGUUACAGACCUGCCUGUCCCCAUGAUUUGCAGGCCCUCUGCUUUUGGACCUGCUGGUGCUGGUAUCCCUGCUUGCAGGAAACCUUUACGCCUGAUGAAGCUAGUGUGUCCGGUUCAGGAGGAUGAAAUGCAGAGCAGAGGCAGUUCGCACACCAAGUAUCCCACAGCAAGUGCACAUGUGUGAUCUGGCCUACAGAUAGAACACAUUUGUGUUCCCUUUUUUUCUUGGAUGCAAUCCAUCUGGGCCGUUCCCAUUUCCUUUUAGACCCUGACAAUUCUGGGCUCUGUUAAAAGGGCAGCAAGACAUGCCCACCAUUGGGUGCCAGUCACUCCUGACUUCUCAUUGCAUCUCUGACCAUGAAGCUGUCAGUCCUUAUCAUUAUUAUUAUUAUUAUUAUUAUUAUUAUUAUUAUUAUUAUCUCUUUGUGAGAAAGCCCAUAACACAUUAAGCUCUUCCCAGCCGGACUGAAGCAGACAGGCUGUGCAGUGUCUCUUUGUCUUGCAAAGUGGCAAUAACAGCACUUGAAGACACCUGCAGUUUAUUUAGUAUUAUAAAUCACUUUGCUCUCUUUUCAUCUCAGUCUUUGGGAACCAAAGCCUGUACGCAGUGUUAGGAGAGAAUCCAAUUAAUGGGUCUGUUUAUGUUUAGAUAGACAGGAACGCAGGUUGCUGUUUAACAGUUUCCAGUUCCCAUGGAGAAUUUCAAAGAUGGCACAGACCAUGUGAAAGUGCUUUCUCAUAUGAAUGAGGUUGCAAUGUAAGUCCCCAUACCUUACUAAACUUAUGAAAGAUUUCUAUAGAGUUGCAGGGCUAUCUCUGUCAGAGACACUACAGUACUGUACAGGGAAGAAUGAUCAGGAUUUGGGGCAGGUUGUCUAGAGAAAAAUCCACUUGAAGCAGUUCCAGGUCGAUGGGAACCACUGAAUUCUGCACUGAGGAAAACCAGUGAAUUUGGAAGGAUGAAAAAAGCUUACAUUAUCUAAUCCCACUGCUUUUCUAGAAUAUGUACCUACGUAAAACAGGCACGAGGAAGAGGGUUUGCAAAUUGGCUAAGGCAAGAAAAUGUUUGUUGUUUUCUGAACAAUCUGACAAUGGGGCAAGCUGGGUAGUCCAGAAGAGACAGAUGGAGGUAGCUGAUUUUAUUUGGAACACAUCCUUGUGUUGCCUGCUUCUGGAAGCGAAAUCGUGCAUCUGGAAGAGGGAGGUUUAAGGCAGAACAAUAGCAGUGUUUUCUGACCUGUCAUAGUCAGGACUCUCUUGCUGAGAGAGAAGAAAAAAGCCUGUCACCAGUGUUCCUAAAUUCCCUCUGAUCCUCCCUUUCUGCACUGAACAUGCUUAAUUUUUAUUCUGUGGGCACCCAGCCUCACUUCCAAGCUUUGUACCAAGCAGGUGCCAGAUUACAGCCAUUGUGGUAUCUGACAGGGAGCACAGUGGGAUCAGGCUGAUUAUAGUCAUAGGAAUUUGCAAGCUGUUAAAAACACUGGAGAACAUCCCUAUCACAGGAAAAAAAAAAAAAAGACCUGAUUGAUGAACUUUAAUUACUUCUGUUGUUAGCAUUAGAAAGACCAACAGUAAGCAAACCGUAUUAUUUGUUACUUUUUAUCAUUUAUUUCUUUUUUUUUUCGCAUGCGCUGGAUAGAGUUGCUCAUGUGAGGCGUGGGGGUACUGGACAAUAAGCUCAUAAUUUACUAAAUGUACAGCAUGCACAGUCUUAUUAUUCUGACUUAGUGAAGAUGCUUUGAAAUUUCAUAUUGUCAUGUAACUCCUGAUCAUGCUUUUAUAUUUUCAAGGCUGCAACAGAUCGGAUGGCUGCAGGUGGAAACAAUGCAAAACCCAAACUGUCACCCCUACACUGCAAGUUUGAACCUAGUCAAGACCUAAAAUGACAGAAAAGUGUUUUC